AUGUCGGGUGCUAUGUUUUUAUGUGGUGUUUAUGAUAUAUGUGGUGAUUAUGAUAUAUGUGAUGAUUAUGAUGCAUGUGAUGAUUAUGAUGUAUGUGGUGAUUAUGAUGUAUGUGGUGAUAAUGAUGUAUGUGGUGAUUAUGAUAUAUGUGGUGAUAAUGGUGUAUGUGGUGAUUAUGGUGUAUGUGGUGAAAAUGAUGUAUGUGGUGAUAAUGAUGUAUUUGGUGAUAAUGAUUUAUUUGGUGAUUAUGGUGUAUGUGAUGAUUAUGAUGUAUGUGGUGAUUAUGAUGUGUUUGGUGAUAAUGAUGUAUGUAGUGUUUAUGAUGUAUGUGAUGAUUAUGAUAUAUGUGGUGAUUCUGAUAUAUGUGAUGAUUAUGAUGUAUGUGGUGUUUAUGAUAUAUGUGGUGAUUCUGAUGUAUGUGGUGAUUAUGAUGUAUGUGGUGUUUAUGACAUAUGUGGUGAUUUUGAUGUAUGUGGUGAUUAUGAUGUAUGUGGUGUUUAUGAUAUAUGUGAUGAUUAUGAUGUAUGUGGUGAUUAUGAUGUAUGUGGUGAUUAUGAUAUAUGUGAUGAUUAUGAUGUAUGUGGUGUUUAUGAUAUAUGUGGUGAUUUUGAUGUAUGUGGUGAUUAUGAUGUAUGUGGUGUUUAUGAUAUAUGUGGUGAUUAUGAUGUAUGUGGUGAUUAUGGUGUAUGUGGUGUUUAUGACAUAUAUGGUGAUUCUGAUGGAUGUGGUGAUUAUGAUGUUUGUGGUGAUUAUGGUGUAUGUGGUUAUUAUGAUGUUUGUGAUGAUUAUGAUGUAUUUGAUUAUUCUGAUGUAUGUGGUGAUUAUGAUGUAUGUGGUGUUUAUGACAUUUGUGGUGAUUUUGAUGUAUGUGGUGAUUAUGAUGUAUGUGGUGUUUAUGAUAUAUGUGGUGUUUAUGAUAUAUGUGGUGAUUAUGAUGUAUGUGGUGAUUAUGAUGUAUGUGGUGAUUAUGACAUAUGUGGUGAUUCUGAUGUAUGUGGUGAUUAUGAUGUAUGUGGUGAUUAUGGUGAUGUAUUUGAUGAUUAUGAUGUAUGUGGUGAUUAUGGUGUAUGUGGUGACUAUGGUGUGUGUGGUGAUUAUGGUGUAUGUGAUGAUUUUGGUGUAUUUUGUGAUUAUGAUGUAUGUGGUGAUUAUGGUGAAUGUGGUGACUAUGGUGUAUGUGGUGAUUAUGGUGUAUGUGGUGACUAUGAUGUAUGUGAUGAUUAUGGUGUAUUUGGUGUUUAUGAUAUAUGUGGUGAUUAUGAUAUAUGUGAUGAUUAUGAUGUAUGUGGUGAUUAUGGUGUAUGUGGUGACUAUGGUGUAUGUGAUGAUUAUGGUGUAUGUGGUGAUUAUGGUUUAUGUGGUGAUUAUGAU